CUGUCAGUCGGGCUCCCUCACGGUGAGCGCAGUCCGCCUCUCCGGCUCUGUGUCUGCUGAGACCGCCGUCAUAUUGGUUGCUUGAAGCAGCAGCGACCACAGCAGAAAAGAAGACCCCCACCAUGACGAAGAACGGGCUUUCGCGACACUUAAAGACCGAUUUAGCUUCUAAGUAAUUUUAAUACGGAUUUUAGAAAAUACAUUUUUAAGGUAUUCGGGAUGAUACUAUCAAGUAUCCGUGUACCUUUAGUGCUUUCAUCCGACACCGUGGUCCGCAAGGGGGAUAUAUGCCUGACUUCUCUUAAUAGCCAUUUUUUGCAGACAAAGAGAGCUGUUGAAUAGGGCUUUCAGGAGGCACGAGGGUCCCAGGGACUCCUGUUAAUGAAGAAAGUGGGCAACAUGUGGAGCAACCUGAAGAGCAGAUGCCAGACACUGUUUCACAACAACAGUUCAGGACCUAAUGAAAGCAGGGUUGAGACAGAUAACGUCCACUGUGUGGUGGAUCUUGGUCAAGGAGGAAGCUCAGGUGAGGUUCAGGCAUCAAGAGCAUCCAGCCCAACACGGAGCCUCCUACCAGUGCCAAUGGUAACAGCAGGGCGUCGCCAUCAUAACUGUGUGUCAGAUGUCCCUCAGAUUGUUGAGAUCACUAUUGAUAAGGACACUGAGGAUGUUCGAGGAGGCUCAGGGGGUGUUCCUCUGGCCCGGAGAGACUCUUAUUCCCGUCAUGCUCCAUGGGGAGGCAAGAAAAAACACUCAUGUUCCACAAAAACCCAGAGCUCUUUGGAGGCAGAUAGGCGGUCUGGGCGCUUACGAGGGAGUGGAAACCGUAGGGACAGGCGAUAUGGAGUCAGCUCUAUCCAGGAGAUGAAUGACUCUGUAUCUGGAGGACGUAGUCUGAAUGCUCGGUCUUUGCGCCAGCGAUUAAGUGAGACCGUUGGUUUGUGCUUACCUCUGCCUGCACGCAGACGCUCCCGCUCUUCUAAGAACCCUGUCACCUCCAAACGUAAGAUUCACCUGACAGAGCUCAUGCUUGAGACCUGUCCCUUCCCACCAGGCUCUGACCUUGCUCACAAGUGGCACUUGAUCAAACAGCACACAGCACCAGUCAGCCCGCAUUCCUCCACUGCCCUUCUGGAUGCUUUUGACCCGGCCCACCCCUCUCCUGAGGAUGAGGAAGAACGUCUCCGUGAGCGCCGCAGACUUAGCAUCGAGGAAGGUGUGGACCCACCACCUAAUGCACAGAUCCACACCCUGGAGGCCUCAGUGCCAGGCUCCUCUCUCUACAAACUGGGACCAAAGAUGGCUCCUGGCAUGGGAGAGGCCUCUGGGGAGGGCCGGGGCUCAGGGGCUGCCAGCUCUGGGUCCGGAUCAUCAGGGGCAUGUGCUCAGGUGCUGGGGGCUGCAGCAUCAGUCCAGGACUGUGACUCUGAGGAGGAUUCAACUACCCUAUGUCUGCAGGCCAGGAGGCCCAAACAGAGGCACGCCUCUGGGGAUGGUCACCUGAGCCGGCAGCAACCUGGGCCCUGGAAGGUCCACACCCAGAUAGACUACAUCCACUGCCUGGUGCCAGACCUGUUGCAGAUUACAGCUCUGCCCUGCUACUGGGGCGUAAUGGACCGCUAUGAGGCAGAGGCUCUGCUGGAUGGACGGCCUGAGGGCACUUUCCUGCUGCGCGAUUCAGCCCAGGAGGACUACCUCUUCUCUGUUAGCUUCCGCCGUUACAACCGGUCCCUGCAUGCACGCAUCGAGCAGUGGAACCACAACUUCAGCUUUGAUGCUCAUGACCCUUGUGUUUUCCACUCUUCCACCGUGACAGGACUGCUGGAGCACUACAAGGACCCCAGCGCCUGCAUGUUUUUUGAACCGCUGCUAACAGCGCCUCUCCAUCGGACCUUUCCCUUUGGCCUGCAGCACUUGGCACGAGCUGCCAUCUGCCGCUGGACCACUUACGAUGGUAUAGGCUCUCUGCCGUUGCCCCCUGCCCUGCAGGACUUCCUCAAGGAGUAUCACUAUAAACAGAAAGUACGAGUUCGCUGGCUGGAGAGGGAACCGCCACUCAAGGUCAAAUAGGGCGGGCUUCUCCAUUGCAUAUACACACACUGCAGGAGGAUUACAGAACUUUAGAAAUUCCUCAUUAGCCAGUUGGAGGCUCUACUGACAAGGCUUUCUUUGUGGUGGGGGAUGGAAUUUAAGUGUAACAAGCUAUACAAGAUUCAUUCUAAUCUUUGUUUUAGUUAUUACUUACAUCACAGAAAAUACAUAUGAUUAUAUUCAGUAUAUUGCUGUCUGGCAAGCACAUGUUUUUUGUGUUGUUUUGACAGGGAGCAAAUGCACAAAUAUCAGUGAUUUGUGUCUUUUCUCUCCUGUUUUGUGCUAAAUGUCUGCCUGAUCCCACAACAUCACCCUGCCUGUAGACCUGCCUGCAUGCCUCCCUUGUCCAUCCCAAAUUGCUGUUUUGGCCCACAUGGCUAUGUUGUACAGCUCACCUUGUGCUUUCUCUAUUUUUUUUUUUCUUCUUUAGCUUGUCAAAGCACCUAGUGGAGCAUCCUCCCAGAGGAAGGUGUGUUUGGGUUGAGAGGGCAUCUGGAAGUGCUAUUGAAAUACUGCAGUCAUAGCUUGUCCCAUGGAUAGAGCUACAUAAGGCACAUUCUUUGCCAUCUCGUUGCACACAUGAGCAUCAGCUAAACCAGAGAUGAGAACAGAUUCCAGUAGGGUCCCUAGAGUUCAGGACAGAGCACUGGGGAAAUAAAGUGUUCUCUAAGGACUAUAGAUUAGUCCUUAAAGAAUGCUAGUUCCUCUUUAAGCAGUAACAGUGAGCAAUGAAUAAUAAAUCAGUCUACUGUGUCCUAUACAGUGAGCAAGCUAAACUUGUCAGCUUCAUUCCUACUGUGUAAUUUUGCUUUUGAAACAUGACGGACAGAUUGUAAAGAAAUAUUCUGACAAUUCUUGCCAUUGUUACAGUUGUCAAAGCAGUCUGUCAGUUCUUCACUGACCACAAGACACUGUUGUGCAUAUAUGCACCCAGUUCAAUUCUUCCAGAUAGAAAUUUGAGUUCACAUUUAGGCAGCCUGCUGUCUAUUGCUUUAUAGUGCGAGGUUUUAUACAUGCUUCCUUAAGCUCAGUAUCUUUCGGUGGCGUCUGCUGUACAGAAAUCUUAUAUAUUCUGGUUGGUUAUUUUUCUUCACCAGACAUUUUAAACACUGACACAGCUAGCUGUGUCCUUUGGUUACAGUAAGGACGGCUAACAAGUUUUUUUCAGACGGAUUGAUGAUACAUAGGUGAAGACAAUCAAUGAAAAUUCUGAAUACCAGUAUCUCUUUAAAUGCUUUGAUCAGGAUUGGCCUUUGUCAUGAGAAGAGUUCACAUAGUCAAAGAUCGGAAAUAGGAAGGGCAGCUAACCUCACACAAAACUAAGAAGACUUAAGCAUCUGCUUGAUAAAUUAGGGAACUAUAACUAUAAGUGUUUAAAUUUCAGAUUUUUCUAAAAACGAUGCUAUAAUUCCACAGUUUGAGACUUUGUUCUACAGGGUCUCAACCACAACUAAUCACUUCAUUGACUCAUUGCAUUUGUAGUCAUAGCUUUGAGUGACAGCAGCUGGGCUCUCAGCAAGUUGGACUAACCAGAACAGCUUUAGCAAUGCAGUCUGAAUGAUUUCACUUGUGUGGAUUGGGACAAAAACACUGCUGGCUAGCCUGUCAUUUCUAUUAUCCUCUCAGCACAAUGACAAAAUAUGUGUCCCUAUGUGCCUUUUUAGAUAACCAUUUGUCUUGUUCCAUAAUUAGUUGCUUUAUAGUUUAAACCAGAAGAAGGUGGUGCUCAAACACAGUCCGCUCAGAUGCCAUCAAAUGAGACUGACGAGAAUCAUGAAAAGGUGCAUGAGCUCUAAGCUCACUUAAUUAUGGUGCACGUUAAAGAUUAACGGAUAAAAUUUUAGUGGUGCUGAUUAUAGAAAUAGGUUGUACAUUAGAUCUGUUCUCACUCACUAUGCAUGCAUUUGUCUCUCUGUAUGGUAGUAUUAGGUUGUUAGUGGGUCCAAUUCCAGCUGUGCUGCUGUAGCAUAUUUCAGUGCAAGAUAUCAGUGCCCAGCCCUCACAAGUGUAGGGUCUAGUCUGCAACUCGACAAACAGAUCUAGUGAGAGGGCAUGAGGGUUAACUUUACUAUGAGCAUGGUAACUGAAUGAUUUAAUAUCUGAUGACAAUGCCCAAUUCAGCUAUCAGUGUUACAACCAAGUCAUCAGCAGCAGUGUUUGUCGUACUACUCCUAAUUGAUAGUAUGCCGCUUUAACUGGCUUUUUAAAAAGUGACAUUAGAUGAACUUUUAAUAAUGGUGCACAUGACUAGGUGAUGAGAUUAGUGGAGAUAAGCAGAGGGAUUCCCUUUUAAGGGUUUUAGCAAAAAUGUUUAGAAAGAAUAUAAAUAGAAUUUACUGGAAAGUAUGUGGAUUAAACCCUGCUGGUCAUGUGUAAAACUAAAAAUUUGAAGUUGAAACACACAAGAUUAUGAUCAGUGGGAAGGUUAAUCUGUCAAGCUCUCAGACUCAUACUUCAGUCAGUGAGUGUGUGCGCUCAUGUGUCAGCCCACACACCCGUUCAAGAAUAUUCUAGUUCUCAUCAGUGAGAAUGAAUCAUGAACAAACAUUGUUUCUUUGCUCAUGAAUGUCUGAUUCUGUGACCAAAGCUCUUGCACACAUCUCAUUGUAUUAACUUGUAGGCUAAAACCUAUUGCUGUAUUCAGUGGUGUUAAGCUAAAUUAUAUUUCAGAUUUACAAACAAGUGAAGGCUAGUUCCAUACUAUGGUAUUUACAACUUAAGGAUGCUCUCCUUUGUUACAACACGUUAUUAUGGGAAUGUCUGUCUGUGUCACCUACACUUUUAUUUUAAUAGUAGACAGUUCUGCUGCUAGACAGUUUUCAUGUAUUUAUAAUGCAGGUUAGUGAAGCUAUAAGGAUUGAAAUGUUUUCAUCUACCAAUAUUAUCUUUUUCCUCCACAUUCUGAGUUGAUCAAAAUUUACUGAAAAUUUCCUCAAUUUUCUUUUCAAAGAGUGUAAAAUAUUUUUCAGCACCCCAAACUUUGCUUUCAGAAAGCUUGAAUACUGCAUGUUAAUCCACCUACCGUAUUUUCCGCACCAUAAGGCGCAUUGGAUUGUAAGGCGCAGUCUCGAUUACGGGGUUUAUUUCUAUACUUAAGCCAUAUAUAAGGCACGCCGUGUUAUUGGGCGCAUGCUAAAACAAGGAAACGGAAGCAAAGCAGUGAGUUUGGUUGAACUUUAUUCUACUACGUAUUUAAAAAUAGACUCACAUUAUUUUUUGGUCAAUCUUUUGUCACAAAUCCAUCAAAGUCCUCAUCUUCUGUAUCUGAAUUGAACAGCUGGGCAAUUUCGACAUCAAACAUGCCGGGUUCCCUCUCGUCAUUGUCGGAGUCAGUCUCGUUGCCGGGUGGCUGUUCAGCAAUGAUGCCGGCUUUCGCGAAAGCUCGGACAAUAGUCAGUACUGUACUUAGCUUUAUGUAAUGUUCUCUAAUAGGUUUAUCGCUGCCAGCGUGUGUAGUGUACGUAUUACGUCCCUAUGUCGGCGGGAAACAGUCGACAGUCAGAUUUUUGAAUUCAGUGCACACAUAAGACGCACCGGGUUAAAAGGCGCACCAUUGAUUUUUGAGAAAAUGAAAGGCUUUUAAGUGCGCCUUAUUGUGCGGAAAAUACGGUCAAUGUGUUAACUGGCAGGCGUGGCGGAUUAAGAGGAAGGGAAUAAGGCUGACAUUUGAGUUGCUUGCAUGUGCACUUUUUAUGUUUCAGGAUUUUUAGCAUCCACACUGAAAUAUAUAUCUGAAAACCCACACACAUACAUCACUGUACAUCACUGUCUUUCUCGCUGCCGCCUGUCUCUCAUGCUACUGCCUGGCGAUAGCAUACAGCUCCUUGUAGUUCCCCCAUCCCACUUGGAGGCACUGAUCACAGGCUGCCAUGUUGGGAUGUAAAUUUUCUGGGCACCUUUUUGGCUGAUGUGUGACUAAGGGAGACCUUUAUUGUCAUUAUUUGAUCAAACUGCUCUGUCUCCAUUUGGCCACAUCCCCGACACUACUGUGCUGUAGAGUAAACUUGAGGCUUGUUUGUCCUGUCCUUUACUCUCCAUUCAGUAAUGUUAGGGUGAUGUCUGAAGUGAACAUUAAGGAGCAGAAGAAGGAGAGAUGGAGCUGGCUCGCUGAGGGCCCUGGCUUCCUGUUGUGGCAGCGGCAUGCUUACAGAGAGGGCAAGGGAUUUGUCGAAGUAAAUAGCACUUUAAUUGUGUAUUUGUGUUCUGCAGUGCAGUCAGCAAGUAUUAGGACAGUGACUUGGCUUUUGGUUGCUCUCUACUCCAGCAUACUGGAUUUGAAAUGACAGUUGAGCUCUGUAAUCCAUAUUUGGUGCCCGUAUUAGGAAUUGUUGCACUUUUUUUGUACAAAGGCACCCAUUUCUAGAAACAAAUUUUGCAACUGAAGUCAUCAUGGUCAGUUUUGCGUGAUUAAUCCCUGCUGAUCUAUUUGAUACUCUUGCAUGAGCAGAUACUUUGUCGAUAAUGAUGUUCUACGAGGCCUGAAAUUGCCACCUGAGGCCAGUUAAAAAGAUGGUGUUUUGGCCCUGACUGGUUACCUUCUCUCUAUGUUGAGGAUCACCGUGUGCCUACUUUGAUCCAAAAUUGGGGAAUUGCACUAUCCACAACCAUGAGGGACUUAAACACCCCCGAACGUACUAGCAGAGAGCUCUUGUUUUGGUUUGAUUACCAAUAUGCUGCACUACAGAGCCAAAACAACUGAAAACAUCCCACUGUUGUAAUACUUGUGGCCAGCACUGUAUGUGUGUUAGCUCAAGAUGGCGACAGUUGGGUGAGUGUUGUGAAAGGAAAAAAAAAGCCGUUGGUCCUGAAAUAUUUCACUUCCAUUCAGGCAUUGUAAGCUGUGUUGAUGAGAGCCGUAUUCUCUGCCUUGCUGCAGACUCAGUGCAUGUGUGUGUGUUGUGUGGGAGUAUUUUACCGUAUGGACAGAGCCACACGGAGGGUUACCGUGGAGGAGAUGCAGAGUUGAGUGUGAGGGGUGAUGACAGUGACUCCUAUGAACAAUGCCUCUGCCCUUGUCCCACUCCUCUUAUUCUCAGGCAGGCCCAUUUGCAAGGAGAGUCCCAGGACCCUCUCAACCCAGUUUUCCCCAUGGGAAAUAUCUGACAUUAACAGUAGCACAUGUUUGCCAUAUAACCUGUAGAUUUAGGAGGAAAAAAAACAUUGUAUGUAUGAUUAAUGAUGGAUUUAUGUAACAGCCCAAUGAAAAGACAUUUUAUUCUUCUGUGGUGCAUAAACUGUCUGCAACACACAUGCAUUUUCACACACUUACUGUCAACGCUUCUUCUGACACCUGCACUACCCCAGGUAUUGACACACACACCCACACCUCCCACCACCCCACCCUUAGCAAGGGAUGUGUAAACAUGGACCACAAUUAACCAGCACCACCUUUCUUCACGACCCCCCCCCCCCCCCCCCCCAAACAAAGGGAAAGCAAAGAUGGGUGAUCUGUGUAUAUUCUUUGUUCUUAAGCCAAACAAAAUGCCGUGAAUUUAACUAUUUUGACCUUAUAUUGUCAUGAGUAUGAUGACACUAUUUAGCUGCACUAUGGGGCCUCAUUUGUGGCAGGAAACCACUGGGUCUGGUCUGGGAUCAGACUGGUGUGUGCCGUUAGAUAUCCCAUUAAAGCAACAGCAAUACCCCUGGAUGUAGGACUCCCCCACCCCACCCCCACCUCGGUACGACUCGUGGUUUCAGAUCCGAGAGGACAACAAAAAAAAUAGAUAUUUUAAAAAAAAAAAAGUCAUGUUCCCAUAUAUAUUUUAGAAAGCUGGGUUAAGUGCGAUAUGCAAACAGAAAAAGUAUGAAAGAAUUAUUAUUUUUCAUUAUUGCUUCUCCCUAAUAUGCAAUGGAGUGUAGUGUAACAAUGGUUGCAAUCCUCUGUCACUUUAAUGCUGUAUGUGCACAUUGGUUGCUGUGUGGAUGUGGGUGCCGAGGCAACAGGACUUGACAAUGAUGGGAACUAAUGGUUGUCACUGCAGCACCGCAGUGUUCCCAGACUUCCCUAUUCGUUCUGGCCAAUCACAAAAGCCCUUUAAACCCGGGGCCACAGCCACCACCACAGGCUGACCACGCUGUCGUCAGACGAAUAUCGCGGUUCUGUUUUCUUCUGCUUUCCCUCACUUUUUCUUUUCUUCUGUUGUCAGGUAGGAUUUGGAGCGUGUAAAUGGCAUAAUCAUGUUCACAUUUCACUGUCUGUUCUGUGUAACUGCUUCACCUUUCAAGGAGGAAAAAAACAAUUGUUUUCCAGUAUAACCUGUUCAUUUUUAAGAGCCGUAUGAUGCGACACUUGUAGCUGUCACUCUUGGUGCUUGGCUUAUGCUUCAUUGUCUUAAUAUUCCAAAUAAAACUGUUAAGUGUAA